UGAAUAUGAAGGCAGGAAAUAGAGCGCGCCCCAUCGUUUAUGACACAUUGUGCGUAACGGGGAAGUGAACCUAACAUACUUUCUACGUUCUUUCCAGUUUCCCUCAUCCCGUGUGAACACCUCGGCCUUCGAAGUGAAAUUUUCCACGACCAAAACUACAGUAGGCUUUUUUUCUAGUUUGAGGACAAAACAUCAGCGUUAAAGUGUUUGACGGUGGCAGGAAACGUCCAGUAUGAUGUUGGGCCUGACGGAGAACUUAUGAGAGCAAGGAGGAGGAAGAAGCCACGGAAUACAGCGUCUAUCAUUUUUAUUUUUUAAUGUUUUGAAGUCUCCGUUUAACAAAAGCUCUGCUUAAUCAUGGCUCAGUGGGCGCACAUGACAAAGUUGGUGCAGUGCCUGUCGGAUGAAACAGUCAACAGCCUCUAUCCUCCAACCACCUUCCCCAUUGAAGUCAGACAUUAUGUCGCUGAAUGGAUUGAAAGUGAGAGAUGGGAAGAUUUUUCAUUGGAAAAGAUGGAGUUGGAGAGCCAGGCUCAGACUUUGCUCACCCAAAUCAUCAGCAUGCUGCAGAUGGUUGCUCAGCAGAAUGUCAAUGUAGUGGACAAGAUGAAGCUGAUGCAGAUGAGCAGAAACAUGGGUAUGUUUCAGCAGCAGCCACUGAAGUUUGCGGUCAUGGUCAGGGAUAUUCUCAGGCAAGAGAGGGCUCUGAUUGGCACGUACCAAACAUUCCCAGCUAGAGAACCCAGCACGCAGGAUGUAGACCAUCUGGUACAAAAAGUAUAUGAUGUCCAGGAGAUCCGAAAGAAAAUGCACCAGCUGCAAGAGGAGCUCAACUGGGAGAGACAAAAUUAUGAGAGUUUACAAGUGUCAUACCAACCAAAUGGACUGGAGUCUUCAAAGGGAGAAAUCUCAAAAAUUCAGAAGAAAAUCCAGCAGCUGGAAUUCAACAUGAAUGCGAUGGCCUCGAAUCGUUUCCAACUGCUGAGGGAGUGUGUCGACUGUCUGGACCACUGUCAGGGCAAAUUCAUCUCCAAGAUUAAGUCGUGGAGGGCGGAGCAGCAUAGAGCAGUCAUUGGAUUUCCCUUUGAUGAAAACCUCACCCCCCUGCAGACCUGGUCUGAGCAGCUGCUUGGAAUGAACGGGAACCUGAGACAGGAGUUGAUGCUGAUUGGUGAACCAAUCUCAGACCUCCAGGAAAGGCUUGGGAAACUUCUACAGCUUCUGAUUGAAAGCGCUCUGGUAGUGGAGAAGCAGCCCCCUCAGGUCAUUAAGACUCAGUCAAAGUUCUCCACAACUGUGAGAUAUCUGCUGGGGGAGAAGGUAGCACCUGGGAAGCCUAUGGUGCUGAAGGCACAAAUUGUUAAUGAAAUGCAGGCGAGGAACAUGGGCUUUGUACCUGGUGACAAUGUAGGGGAACUGAUCAAUGCUUCCGCCAUCCUAGAGCACAACACAACCACCAAGAGCACAUGUGCCACCUUCAGAAACAUGUCCAUCAAGAAAAUAAAAAGAGCAGACAGAAAGGGAUCUGAGUCUGUGACAGAAGAGAAAUUUGCUUUCCUAUUCUGCACAGAGAUCACAAUCACAGGCUGUGACACUCCCUACAGGAUACAGACUAUCUCUCACCCGACUGUUGUCAUUGUUCAUGGUAGUCAAGACAACAACGCUAUGGCCACCAUCAUCUGGGACUGUGCAUUUUCUGAACCUGACCGAAUUCCCUUCGUGGUCCCGGAGCGUGUCCCUUGGAGGAGUAUGUGCGAAACUCUCAACAUGAAAUUUGUCUCUGAGGUCCAGACAGACCAUAAUCUGGACCAAUUCAACCAACACUUCUUGGCCCAGAAGAUAUUUGACAAACCUGACUACAUUGGAGACUUCAGCAACAUGAUGGUUUCCUGGGCCCAGUUUAAUAAGGAGGUUCUCCCAGGUCGAACAUUCACUUUCUGGCAGUGGUUUGAGGGAGCGAUGGAGCUGACCAAGAAGCAUCUGAGUAAAUACUGGUCCAAAAGGCUGAUAUUUGGCUUUAUUGGAAAGCAGCAUCUACACCUGAUACUCAAAGACAGCACCAACGGGACAUUCCUACUUCGCUUUAGUGACUCUGAGAUUGGAGGCAUUACCAUUGCUUAUGUGUCGGCUUCUGAAAAUGGGGUUAAGAGGAUCCAGAAUAUUCAGCCUUUCACAAAGAAAGAUCUUGAGAUCCGAAGCCUUGGGGACCGCAUCCGUGACAUCCAAGAGAUAGCAUUCUUGUAUCCCAACUUACCUAAAAAUGAAUUUUUCAAGAACUUCUACUCAGAGCCUCAGCAGCCAACCAUCACUGGCUACAUCCCUGCGAUUCUCCAAACUAAAGUUGGCCCGGAUGCCACAGCUCCGGUAACCACUAUGGCACCUAUGCAUGACAAUACUCAUGUUGCCUUUUCUUCUUCUCCGUUCCAGCAGUUCAACCCAGUAGACAUGUCUGAGAUGAUGGAAAGUUCAGCCCAAUCUCCUGGCUUCCUUGAUCUUCAAGAUGCUGCAUCCCCGAAUCCUAAUAUGUCAACUCUUGGUGACAACCUACCUGGUUUUAACAUGUCCCCGUUCUCACAGCAGUUCAACCCAGUCGAGACCCCUGACAUGAUGAGAAAGACAAUGGAAAACACUUCCCUCUUCCCUGAUCUCAACCCCCAGUUCUCACAGCAGUUCAACGCAGCAGAGAUUUCCCCUGACGUGCUGGGAAAGUCAAUGGAAAACCGUCCCGUCUUCCUUGAUCACAAUCCUAUAGACAACCCAGAAAGCGACAUGGAACUCAUUAUAGAUGCUCUGCAAUCUUAGACAU